ACUUCAUUGAGUCGGAAAGCUCCGGAUCAUUAAUGACCAAAGAGGGGAGACGUUUGACAGACGAUUAAACGCAAUAUGUAAAAAUGAACACGACAGUAUACUACUAUCAGCCGCGUCCUCAUGAAUAUGCAUCGACUGGAUGAAUACUGAUGAGCUGGACAGGUGGAGGAUGGCGCUGCUGCUGCUCAGGAGGUGUGAGAGGAAUCUUUUUAAAUCCUUCGUGAGGAACCAAGGCAUUAACUUACAGCUAGUUUCGCCACAAUGUAGCGGACCUGGACCUGGUCUGAGAGAGCAGGGUGCAUUUUAAAAGGAUCAUCCAGACGUCGCGGGAAAGAAGCAGCAACUAAUCUUUUCUUAGUUUUUAUAUCUCGAGGGUUUUGCCGCCUUGCCAAGAAUUUACGAGUAGUAUAUUCUGGUAUUUCUGUGGAAUGAGAUGAGGUCCUUGUAUGGCAAACUUUUUUUUGUCGCCUGUUUUUUAUAUGCGUUGAUGUUGUUAACCUCCUGGCACACAUCAAAGUCAGAUAACUUGCCAUUUCAGCUGCAUUCGGUCUAUGAGAGGUUACUGCGGGCACAACAACAAGGGGAGGUCUUAUCAAAAAAACUGUCUAAAGUGCUUGGUCAACUUCAAAACCGCAGCAUUGCUACAUUGAAUCACACAAUCAGCAACUCCUCAGCUAUAUUAGAAGAGAGGGUCCUUCGGCACUUGUUGCUUUCACAGCCUAAUGCCUACAUCUACUUGCCUCACCUGAAGGAGGAUGAGGACAGUCUGAAACCCAUCGUUCACCUGGGGCAGCGACGCACUGGAGUGUCUCUGGUGUUAGGGGUGCCCACCGUGCACAGGCAGAAACAGAGUUAUCUAGUGAACACACUCCAGUCUCUCCUAUUUGACCUAUCAACUGCCGAGAGGAAAGAUAUUGUCAUUGUAGUCUUUAUUGCCGAGACAAAUAAAAGAUUUGUGAAAGCUGUUGUCCAGAGUGUACAGACCAAUCUCCCAGAUGCUGUCAGUUCUGGAGUGAUAGAGGUGAUCUCUCCGUCUCCUCACUAUUACCCAGACUUAAGUAACCUGAAGGAAACUUUUGGAGAUCCCAAGGAGCGUGUCAGAUGGAGGACCAAGCAGAACCUUGACUACAGUUUCCUUAUGUUGUAUGCACAGUCUAAGGGCACAUACUAUGUCCAGCUUGAGGAUGAUAUUGUAGCAAAACAAGGAUACUUUGAGUCCAUGAAAAAACAUAUAGCGCAUGUGCUUUCAGAGGAGUGGCUUUUCCUGGAGUUUUCCCGGCUGGGAUUCAUUGGCAAGCUUUUCCGCACAUCAGAUCUACCAAUGAUUGUGGAGUUCUUCCUGAUGUUUCACAAAGAGAAACCGAUAGAUUGGCUGCUCGAUCACAUCCUGUGGGUUAAAGUGUGUAAUCCUGAGAAAGACUCAAAACACUGCGAUAAUGAGAAGGCCCGACUGAAGAAAACUUACAAACCCUCCCUGUUUCAGCAUGUUGGUUUGCAUUCCUCACUCCCCGGUAAAAUUCAAAACCUAAAGGAUAAAGACUUUGGGAAUCAGGUGCUGUUCAAAGGUCACAAUAACCCACCAGCAGAACUCAGGAGCAGUCUGCAGAAAUAUCUGUCUCACACUCUGGAGCGAGCUUACAAUGGAGUGGACUUCUUCUGGGGCCUCACACCCAAAAGAGGAGAUUACAUCCUCAUUACUUUCAGCACACCCCAAGCUGUCAAAGGGUACCUUUUUCGAUCUGGCAAUAUUGAGACAAAUGGUGACAGGUUUUACAACACUACAGUGGAGGUGCUCCCUACUAAUAAAUCUGUGAAAGAGAGGGUGACGAGACGAGAAUUAGCCUGCUGUAAACCCUCAUCUGAUGGUUUUGUUCAGAUAGGUUCCUUCAAGAAUGGAGUGGCUGAGGGAGAAGUGGAUGGAGCGUUAGGAGAAACAGCGGCCAUGCGACUCCUGGUUCACUCUGAUUCUGAUGUCUGGGUCCUUCUCAGUGAGGUGAACCACAUUCAUACCAUCUAGAAAUGACCCUUAGAAACAGACCUUACCUAACCAUUAA